AACACUGACCUAGGAGUUAGUGUAGUACUUUGUUCAUCAUUCUAUAAUUUCUUUGCACCAAGACGUGGAUCCUAAUGGCUUACUAACAUCCUAAUUUUCCAUCAUGGUGGUUUGAGUUUGUUGCCUGCGCUUAUUACUAGGAAAUGAAGCUCUCAGCCUGGUUCAACAAACUUAACUGAACUUCUGUACACGAGAUAAAUAAAUUCACUGUAUUAAGAUGUUAAGAGUCCUUAUACUGAUAUUUUAUUUAGUUAUUUUUAUUCAAGGAUACAUUAAUUAAGUUUCAAAGUUAAUUGUCAUUUUUAGUAAAUUGGUGUGUGGUAGCAUUCUUUAGGUAGUUGUUAAUUUACAACACUCUGCACAUGUAUUGACCGCGCGUCCGUUCUGCUUCCUUCAUUUGUCUUUCUUUCUGACUCUAGAAUGAAUUCGUCCUUGGCGUGGCCCGUUGAAAUUUUCUCCAGUCUGUUUCCUUGCAAGAAUCAGCACAGGCAACGUAACAAUUCAAUUCCUUGGGUGUUUUUCUUGCGAUUCCCCUUCAGGGCCAUAUGACUCUUGGCAGGGAAGAAGCUAUUUGGGCUGAAUCAGACGAGGUGCUGGAGCAGAUUGGGAAGGGCUCCUUUGGCUCUGCGCUCCUGGUGAGGCAAAAGGUUGAGAGGAAGAGGUAUGUCUUGAAGAAGAUCCGGCUCGCCUGUCAAACCGUCAGGUGCCGGCGAUCCGCACACCAAGAGAUGGAGCUCAUCGCAAAAGUAAGGAGCCCAAUCAUCGUGGAAUACAAAGAUUCUUGGGUGGAGAAGGUGGGGUGCUAUGUGUGCAUCAUGAUUGGUUACUGCGGGGGAGGGGACAUGUAUCUAGAGGCCAUUAAGAAGGCUAACGGCAACCAUUUCUCGGAGGAGAAACUCUGUGUGUGGCUUGUGCAGCUCCUGAUGGCGCUUGAUUACUUGCAUGCCAAUCAUAUCCUUCAUCGAGAUGUCAAGUGUUCAAAUAUAUUUCUUCCAAAGGACCAAAAUAUACGGAUCGGCGAUUUUGGGCUUGCUAAAGUGUUUACUUCUGAUGAUUUAGCUUCGUCGGUUGUAGGAACUCCCAGUUACAUGUACCCUGAACUUCUUCCUGACAUUCCAUAUGGCUCCAAGUCCGAUGUAUGGUCGUUAGGAUGCUGCAUCUAUGAGAUGACUGCGCUGAAGCAUGCAUUCAAAGCAUUUGAUAUGCAAACACUGAUAAACAAGAUUAACAAGUCUGUUGUCGCCCCUCUACCGACUAUAUAUUCUGGCGCAUUGUAA